GACCUACCAAAAGAGAAAUCCAGAACUCUCUUUCUCUCUCUCUCUCUCUCUCUCUCUAUCUAUUUUAUUAGCUUUCUUGAUUGUGCCUAUUGGUUCCGUCAAAAGUAUCAGAGGUAAGGAAAUGGCUGCCUUCAUGAGCAUGAAAACAACGAAGACCAAGAAGAUGAAAAGGAAGGACCUUGAGCUCGACUGCUUCCACGACGACUUCUCCGAUCUCUCUCUUUCUUCCCCCGCUCGAAAGAUUCGCCGCCUGGAUGCGGAGUUGCCGCCAAUUAUGGAGGAAGAGCCAGAGAUUCCACGGGGAGUACGAGAAGGAGUUGGAGUUACUGACGCAUUUGAAUUGGAAUCGGAAUAUCCGUUCAAUGAUGAGAAGGCCAUUGUUCUCUUCAAGCCUUUAAAUAGACCUCCUCUUCUACAUUCUCCGGCUUCGAAUCUCUCUUUCUCCGUUGAUUCUCACAUAAUGUCUGGCUUUAAGAAUCAAUUAUUUGGGUCGAACCAGUAUAGUCAAGUAAAAUCAGCUGAAGAAGAGGAACCCAUAAAAGACGAGAAUAAUAGUUGUUUGGCUGUUGUUCCUUGGGUUCCAUCUCAGCGUUGUCCUGCUCCGGCCACCGAGGUUCCCCAGUUGAUGGAGGAGGCUGAAGAAAUGGUUGCAGCUAUGGAUAUUGAAGAAGAUAACAACAAAAGCAAUGCGAGCAUAGAGCAAAGCCACCCAAGUGUGCAUAAUAUGUACGGUGGAAUUGUGGGAAGCGAUGGCUUAUAUCAGUGGCAGCAACAGCAUUGCAUGAUACCACAGCUUUCCCAAAAUACAUACACUCCCAUUUCAUGGUUCCGGUAAUAAAAUAUUUGUAGGGUGUCUAGUCUUCAUUUUUGGUCUUUUAUUUCUUUGGUUGUGAUGGAGGGUAGAGCUGAAUUAGAAAAUAUAUACAGUAUUUGGGAUUGGGAGACUGAGUAUUGAGAAUGUUGCCCCUUUCCUGGUAAGCUAGCUUUUGCUUGGUGGGAAAUUAUCUUAAGAUGUUGAUUGGUUUCUUUCAACUGAAGUCAAUUCGGAUUUUGGAGAAUUGAAAGAAAAGGCAAGUGUUGGUGUAGAAAAACUGUGCUGUAAUAUUCAACCAAUGUAUAAAUUCAUGUUCAUUUCCUCA